UGUCUGUAAUAUAUAUAUAAAGUACUUUGUGAUAAACUUAUGCAUUUUUACCAAAUAUUAUUCAAUUCGGUAUUAGUUCGCGGAUUUAUUCCUGGAUGAUGGCUUAUUUGUUGUGCAGUGCAUAUUUAUUAACUCAAAUGAAGUUCUGAAGGUAGCCGAAACUGCAGACCCUUCACGCUACUGAGUUUCUGAGGCAGCCGACUGAACAAGGCAGAAGGAACUACCGAUCGUGCCAUGUCAGAAUCUGAGAGCAGCUUAUAUAGUCGUCACUCUCAGAAUUAUGCAGAAAGUGUGUCCGUGGAAAUCUGCAGUAUAUUGACACGUCUGGGGUAUGGCGAGGAGAUCAGACGUUGGCGGAUAAAGAAGUAUAGGGAGUUUGAUAGGCUGGUGAAUGCACGACGUCCUGAUUUAACUAUGAUCACAGCUGGUAGCAAGGCAGAGGGACUGACUUGUCGGUUAGAAAGCGACUGGGAUAUUUUACAGGUGCUUAAUAAAGUCCUUUGUGUGGAAGCUGGAACCAAUCUUCGCACCAUACCAUGCGACAUGGAAGUGUACAGGAUGGAUACAUGUGCAUAUCCAGGACACUGUAAACUGUUUUUAGAGAGACAAGCUCUUGGGUAUUACAAUGAACUCCACAGGGCUCUUUACGAUAACGGCAAUGCAUCCUCAAAAGAUGGGCUGCCAGACAUCGCCAUUGGCCGCCACCAAUCGUAG